UUUCCACAGAGAGCGUGGCCGCUGAAACACUGAAAUAGAAAUACAUUGUGCCGUUGAGUGUGUGUGGGUGUGUAUGCGUGUGGGAUUCCUGUUUGUUUUAGUGAGCGUUUGAACUUCGAACGUAACCGACGCUGGGUUUCCGCCCGCUGAUUAGAUAAGAACAGAACCGACGGGGACGCUAAUAAAAUCCUCUGAAAGAUAAAACUCUUAUAUCUCAGAGCGAUGCCUUAUGAACAUUACUCAAUAUGUGUUUGUUGGAAAGCGAAUUAAAGACAUUCACAAAUGUUAGUUAAUAGUUAAAGCUGAGUGGAUAUGAUAAAUUAGUGUAGUGAAAAUGGGUUGUCAGCUCGGUAAAUUGGCAGCGUCUGAGCGUCGUGGGAACAACGCCGGACCUGUCACCGAUGGUCCCCCACCAGCCACGGAUCCUCGGCUGCCUCUCACGGCAAAACAGAAGUACUCAAUGCUGGCCUCGUGGAAAGGAAUCUCCAGAGCAAUGGAGAAGACCGGCAUAUGUAUGUUUAUCAAGUUAUUCGAAGAGAACCAAGAUCUACUGGACAUGUUCGAGAAAUUUCGCCAGUGCAAGACGAAAGAGGAGCAGAUAAACUCCAUGGAGCUCGCGGAGCACGCCAACAACGUAAUGAACACCCUGGACGAGGGGAUCAAGGGUUUGGACGAUUUGGACAAUUUCUUCCAGUACAUACACCAAGUUGGAGCUAGCCAUAGAAAAAUACCUGGGUUCAGAGUGGAAUAUUUUUGGAAAAUCGAAGCGCCCUUCCUUGCGGCCGUCGAGUCGACGCUGGGCGACCGAUACACGCCAAACGUUGAAAACAUUUACAAAAUAACAAUUAAAUUCAUAUUGGAAACCCUCAUCGAAGGCUACGAGAAGGCUGGUAACAACCCGAGCUCAGCGUCGUGAGCAUUCAUUAAAUACAAUAAAGGCUGUAAAAAAAACAUCAAAAUUUGUUGAACUAAACGAGCGGGUUUUGCGAAAUUUUUGGCGCCUACGAUUUUAAAAUUCGAACUGUUCGGAGUGUAUGAUGGAAUGUCAAUUUGUUUUUUUUUUUUGUUUUUAAUGAACAAAGAGGUUGAAUCGUAAGUGUAUCUUGUGAGUCAUUUUAAAAGAUUUAAUUAUUAGUUUUAAUGGUUCCUUUUGCUCGUCACUAAGUAAUGUGGAUUAAAUAUUUAAAAUAAUGUAAAAUUGCAUGCAGGGAAUGUGAAUUGAGUCUUUAGUGUGCUUUUUUUAAUAGGAACUAUUAUUUUUUUAAUUAAAAAUAGAAACCAAAACUAGUUACGUAGUCUAUAUCAAUCAGUGUGUUACGAAUAAGUGAUAUAUUUAAGCCAAAUGUAAGUUUUAAUAUAAAAUAUUGCUAUUUUAAUUUCUGUUUUUGUUAAUAUUUUUUUAUUUGUUUCAUACUUUUGUGUCUUCCUUUGUGAAUAUUUUGAAUGGAAUUAUAAUUUUACACACAUACAUUCACUUUAGAUAAAGUAUUGUUAAAUUAUCAACAAAUUCAAAAACAAAAUUGUGUUUUUAGUUGGUACACGGCAUAUCGUCAGUUAAAACAAUAUAUGUGUAUAGAUUUGAACAAAUCGCACAGAAACGACAUAUUUAAAAAAAUAACUUUAUCUAAUGUAAUAAAAGUAUUUUGGUUUAUAUCAAG